UUUCGUGAAAUGAAUAUUAUUAAUUUAAUUUAUAGAAUUGACAGACACUUAAAAAACCAAACUACAACGUCCAGCCUCAUCUUACCUAAUGAAAAAACUAUAAGUCGAAAGGUGUUCGAGGUGCUAAAAUCUAAGCAACCAGAACUUAAUUCUAUUUUUGAUGAAAUGAGCGAAUCUGGGUUUUCUAUUUCGCUCGAUUUUUCUCAGAAGUUGGGCACUGAUUAUUGCGUCAUGGUGGCACACUACAUAACAAAAGACUGGACUUUGAGACAUUUUGUACUUUCCUGUCUUCCAAUUCCUGGAGACAUUUCCAAAACCAGAGAAAAUAUAUCUGAUUUAGUUAACAAAAAUCUUACCUAUCUUGGGCUUGACAUGUCAAAAAUCGUUUUUAUUACUGAUGAGGGAUCCAAUGUAAGUCACCUUGGAGGAGAAAAACACCACAGAUGUAUUGCUCACAUUCUUGCAACAAUAUCACGCCACAUCACUCAGCCUUAUGCAGACCACCAAACAUCUGACAGUGUUGUAGCAGUGCAAUCGGCAAUUACUGAUUUACAUUCAUUUAUUUCUGAUUUGAGAGGUGUUUUACUGUUGCCAAUUGCAACACGUUGGCUUUCAAUCUUAGCUAUGGUCAGGGCCUUUUCUGCAGCAGAUAAAGAAUCAUUUAAAGAAAUUGUUAACAAAUAUUCUGGCAAUCAAUACACAGAGAGAAUGGAACGAAUUUUUUCCAAGCAAAAUCUUUUUGAAGCUUAUAUUCAAAUUGUUUCAAUGUUGGAAGCACCUUUGAAAAUACUUGAGGCCGAAAAUAAAUGUACACUGAAUAGACUAAUGAUAGAAAUGAUCAAAUUGGAAAAUGCUUGGAGAGGAGAAGCAAGAGGAGAUGAUUUGAUCAGAGCAGCGUUAGCCAAAAGUGGAUUGAAAGCCUUUAACAGGAAGAUGAGUGAAAUUUUCAUUGAAAAUACGGAAAGCCUUUCUAUCAUCAGAUGUGCUGCUUACCUUGAUCCUGCCGUUUGUGGAAUUCUUAAGAAAGUAUGUCAAACGAACUGUCAUUGGGGUGACUAUGAAACGGUUUUUAUUUAG